CCCAAAGCUAGAAAGAAAAUUUACAACCAUUGAUAAGCGUAAAGUUUAUUCCCUUCUCUCUGGCCCCUAUCCCUCUCUAUUCGGAAUGCAACUCUACGCUUCAUCUCUUUUGUACGUACAACUGCUGUGGCAUUUCCAUUUCCUGCACAGCGGUGUGGUGGGUGGUGAACCGAACCAGACGACACGAUUCGCUUCAGGGAUAACAACUUUUCCAGUAGGUAUCACUCCCUACACCUUUACUACAAUCAUCGCCGGAUGCCGGUACGCAUGAUAUCAACAAGUUGUAGUCAUCCGGCGCGUCGUCGGAAACCGCAAAAUGAACACCGUUCCGAAUCCUUCCGAUUCGGUCCGGGAACGGCGCAUGCGUCGUGCUGAUGGACCGUUCACCGGAAUUCAUCCGAAGGAUUUGAACCGGUACAGGGAUUCCUUCCUAGAACCAAACUUGCACCGUAUUAGUUUCGUUUCGGAUUUUCACUCGAUAGGAUGUGUCUCCGCGUUCGCUGCCUCCGCCGGAAGUGGGGUGUGUUCAGUGAUAAAAAGUGAACCAAUUUGACAGGGAUCACCCCGGAUAGUGGGUGGGUGGGGGAUAGUGAGUUGGGGCUUGUUGACAGUCGUCUGUCGUCUUCAGUGGAACGGAAAGCUUCCGCAGUCGAUAUCCUGCGGUCGUUGGAGCACGACGUGUUGAUCUGCUUCCACUUCGGAACCAGUUUGAACCGAACUUGGAUAACGGAUGCGGUACGGUUAAAUUAAAACGGUGCUGAAGUCUCAAGGAUACACACAUGCACACAUGGAGUGGUGGUGCUACAGCAGCGUGGAAGUGAAAGACUGCAUUAUUGCAGGAUUUUGGAUGGGGUCGUGCGGUGAAUUAAUAAUUUAGCGCCCUCCUGAUUGGCGUGUCCGCCGCGUAUUUGUCGAGUGGAGUCUCAUUAGUGAACGGACGCUGAUAAUCAAGAUCACUCAUAAACGUAGUGUGGUGGUGAUAAUCAAAUUAAAAUGUGACAAAUUGCGAUACCCGAUGCAUUAACCAUGUGGAGCGUUAAAUCAAUAUCUAAUUACGAGUGAAAAAAAAAGCCGAGGAGAUAAAAAUUAAUAAUAAAUUGAGCUCAAUCAUAUCCGCGGCUCAAAUAUUCCCGAAUGGUGGUUUGCGGUGAUCAGCAGCGCAAUGCAAUCGCUGGCCGUGGGGAAGGAGGCGCCGUCGUCAGUGAGUGAUUGCGCCCACCGGAGUGCACCUGAAAUGAAAAUAAUUAAAAAUUCAAAUUUUACGAGCAUCGUGCUGAAUAUUCAUGAUGAAUCUGUGUCCUGCCGCCUGUAGAGCCCAAGGGACCAAUCGCCGCUGCUCCAGCUGUGGUAAAGUGCACCUGAUGGAUUAUCGUUAAAAAGCUCGGCCACUUGAUGCAAUUGUGCAGCGGAAUUAUCGCUUUCGUGUAGCUUUCAUUAGUCCACGCCGCGUCGCGCCGAGUGAAACGUGAGUGAAUGCUAUCCAGGAGGAAUGGACGAAAUCUCGCGUAUUUCCGCUUCCGGCCCAGGUCGUCAUCUCCCAAACGGUCGCCGGUGUCGAGUGAAUGAAUGAUGAUGAUGACGCAACUGGAUUUCGGUCGAGGCGCCUAGUGGCUGAAACAGAACGGGCGACAGUUGAAAUGAUUGAUGAAGCAAACUACGCUCUGUGUUGUGCAAAUAACGAAACAAAUAAUUAUAAAUUUAUGCUGAAAUUAAUUUGAUUGUGUCCGCGGAGCCUAUCGCUCGUUGCGUCGUGCAAUUAGUGCCCGUCUGUAAUUCUCUUUCAACUCGCGACUACUCUGCGCUACUAUUUAGUGUUUCCAAUAAUCACAACUGUUGAAUAAAUGAUACUCGAGUCUCGCUAGUUCUGCCGUAGCGAGUGAAGAACCUAUCUUUCCACCCCCCAUCAGUGUUCGACAAAUCUCAGUGUUAUACCCGGAAUCAAAAUGACCUCCCCCAGGAAUAGCGUCUGCUGGCGGUUCGUGCUGCUCCAGGUGCUGAACCUACUUCAACUUUCGCAUGGAUACUUUGACCUGUUUCUCAACCACUCGGAAGUAAUAAAACUAAUGGGCAUCGAAGCGGAUCUGUUCUACGUACGGGAUGGGGCCAUUAACGACUACGCCAUCAGCUUCGUGGUUCCGAUGAAGACCGGCACUGACGAUUUGCAGUUCUCCUGGCAGAGCCGAACAUCGUAUCCGUUGGCCUACACGAUAUCGGUGCACUUGGACGACAACGAAGGGGCCCUGCAGCAUCCGGAGCUGAACAUCCCCAGCAGUGGUGCCAUCCCGAGGUCGGUCGAGACGUUCAAGAUCCAUUUGGUGUGCAACGGCAACGUGACGGCCGAGGUGCCAGUCGGGAUCCACCUACACGUCGAGGGACCACCGAAGCAGAACGACACCAAAUUGAUUAUCAAACGAAAUAAAAUUUGCAUUAAAGGCAUCUAUCCACCGCGACACCGUCUCCCGGCAGCGGAAAUCGCACCCCCACAGGGACCUGCCCUGCUCGGUGCCGUGGCCUGUGCCCUCGGUUUGGUGCUGGUGGUGGGGCUCAUUGCCAGCGCGAUGUACGUGAGGGCCCGCAAGCAGAUACGCCAGGACUCGCUACACACCAGCUUCACCACUGCUGCUUAUGGCAGCCAUCAGAAUGUUUUCAUCCGUCUGGAUCCCCUGGGGCGGCCACCUAGUGCGAACAGUGGCUCCUACGCCACCAUUGCCAGCCUCAACAAAUACCCCAUCAGUGAGUCGAAAAAAUCCUGGUUUCGCAGUACACCGUCCCCGUCGCCGUACGCAACGGCUCUGCUUCCGUUGAACCACGCACACAGCCAACAGAACGGACUGGCCACCACGGAGUCCGUUUACGCCAAACCGGAAUCGGUCUGUCCAUCCCGGGUGUCCUAUUACGCUUCGUCGCAACUAACUCAGGUGUACAGCCUAUCCACUCCGGCCCGGAGUAUCCAUAGCAAUAGCUCCAAUCCGAAAGAUAAGCUCCGACGAAUUGCCGUCUCGCCGGACACCAUCAUCUGCCAACAGUUGGCCCAGGAGGGCACCUACGGCCGGAUCUUCUACGGUGUCCUGCAUCAUCCUCUCGGCGAAACGAGGGACGUCCUAAUCAAAACUGUUGUCGACGGUGCCUCGCUCAGUCAAGUGGCCUAUCUUCUGUCGGAAGGAUCAACGCUGUGUGGGGUGUCCCAUCCCAACAUACUGUUUCCGGUGGCAGCUGUCACCGAGCUUUCGGGCCCACCGAAAGUUGCCUAUCCACUGGCAGCGAAAGGAAACCUCAAACUAUACCUUCAGAGCUGCCGUGAUAUCGGCAUGCAAAGCUCGGGCAUGUCGCUGGGCACCCGACAGCUGGUGGAGUUUGGCCUGCAAGUGGCCCGCGGCAUCUCGCAUCUUCAUUCGCUGGGAGUCCUGCACAAGGAUAUCGCUACCAGAAACUGUGUGCUCGAUUCGGAGCAAAAUGUACGAGUCUGUGAUAACGCACUGUCGCGUGAUGUGUUCCCCAAUGAUUACCACUGCCUUGGUGACAACGAGAACCGCCCGAUCAAGUGGAUGGCGCUGGAAACGCUGGAGAAAAAGUUCUACACCGCCUCGAGCGACAUCUGGAGCCUGGGGGUGCUGCUGUGGGAGCUGGCCACACUGGCGGCGAUGCCAUUUGAGGAGGUGGAUUCGUUUGAACUGGCCGCUUACCUCAGGGAUGGCUAUCGGUUAGCCCAGCCCGUAAAUUGUCCGGAUGAAUUCUACACCGUGAUGUCAUGCUGUUGGUUGCAGGACUACAAGCAGCGUCCCUCGUUCCCGCAGCUAAUUGCCUACCUGCACGACUUCCACGAGGACCUGGGCAAGUACGUCUAGUGGUGCUGCGGUAGCGUGUCGGAGGAUGAUUUCCUCGCCGUCGUUGCUCCUCUGGAAACGGUCCGAUCUGACCUAGGCGGGAUGCGGCCUCCAUCCGACGACGGCCACUUUUGAUAUGAUUGAAGGUGCUUUCUCGAAACGUCACACGAUCGUUACCUAUAUAGGAUACUAAUACUAGAGUACAUUGUGAGUGUGGCCAAAUGGCGGCAGUGGAUUCCUUUGGAACCGGUUCACGUCGGCGGCACAAGAAGAAGUGAAUCCGAAACGUGCAAUAAAUUAUGAGCGGAAGCUUACAGACAAAGGGUGCGAGAAAGAAAAAAAAAACCGUAGAAGCAAGAAAAGAUUUCAGAUAGAUUUAUCGGUUAACUUUUGUAUCGAAGAUUCGCGCAUCGAUCACGAAGGGUUUACCGUAGAUAAAAUACUAGAGAAACAAGUUCAAACCUAUGCGAGGAGGAAAGGCUGCCAAUUAUUUUUGCUGAAGAAAGACAGUGUUGUAAAGAUUAAUCAUUAAUAUGUUGAGUAGGAAUAUUCAAUCAUAAAAAAGGAUUACUCAUAGUUUAUUAAAGGACCUUUCAUAAACCACGGAGACCAAAUUUUGUUCACCUUAGACCCCUCUCCCUUUCUCAAAUAAGGUACACCGGAACAAGUUGAAACGGUUGGGGUAAGAUGAAACAGCGGGUUAACAUGAUGUUAUCUAAUAAUGAUUAGCAGUUUGAAUGUCAUAACAUAAAGUUUUUGAUUCAUACAAACUGGUGAAGGAUAAAUUUUCAAAUUAUAUUGAAAUCUUGUUUCAUCUUGCCUCACCUGUGCCAACUUUCCCCGGUGUACCUUAGACUUUUGCUCAUGUCAUGCACAAAUGUGAAAAUUUGUUUGGAGCAUACAUUCAGGUGCUCAUCGAAGUGCUGUUUCCACCUUUCGAUCACCUUACGUCCAUCCAUCAAAAGCAGGGAUGCCAGAUGAUUUAUUGAAAAAUCUGUAUCCCUUACAAAAUUUGGGAGAAAAAUCUGUGUCCCAUACAAGAGUAAAAUUGCCCCUCUAGCACACAAAUCUGUAUUUCAUUUUAAACGAAAUCUGUGUGGAAGCUAUAAAAAAUCUGUGUAAUACAGAUAAAUCUGUUUAUAUGGUAUCCAUGGUCAAGAGCCUCACGUCCUUAUCACUGCAUAUUUUGGCUCGCGGCACCAAACCGUUGUGGAAUGCUCAGUGCUUCAGAUCGUUCGUGUUUCUUGGGAAUGGUACAGCCACAGAGAAGUGUGAGACGUCACACUCUUACCGCAUCCCAUCGAUCACCUUUUUAACGGUUGAUUCAAAUAUUCAUUGGUAAAUUGACCGAUCGCAGCGCUGACAUCGUUUUUGCUUCUAUUUGACGUUUACCCACUACCGCCACUUAGUGGUGUCCCGGCCAAACACAGUACGUUCAGCAUUGGGCGAUACCGUUUCGUGACGAUGUUUUUUUUAUGAAAUUUGUUCUAUGUGUUACGUCUGUUUCUUUGUGGUACAGCAGUUCCAAUUCUUCGCACACCGCUUCUUUUAGUUGGUUCUUUUCCGCGUCUGUUUGUUAGGUUCCAAGUUCUGCCGUGGUCCUUGCUGCAGCAUUACCGCUCCAAAAAUAUAUAUUUACGUCGAUAAUUUUAUGUUUUCGGGCCCAAGGUGGUCGAUCUCGCGAACGCGAAUACUUGGCGCGAAACCACAAUGAUUAGUCGCGGAUAUUUUAACAAAUUAAUAACAAUAAAAAACAUUCUAAAAACGACAUUUUUAUUUAACUCACUAUCAACCAGAAAACAAUACAUCAAGAGACAACCAUGAAUGGAAAGCACAUACAAGAACGACGGCAUCAUACUGUGGUAGCUCACGCUGCCAACUCGAGCUUAGCGGGAUGCAUGGUAGAAGCACUCCGAAUAUUCCAUUGUACUCCAACAUCCCCCUCCUUCAAUACAGGCGGUACGGGUCGAACCAACGCCGUGGCCUUCGGGUUCUUGAAGAACGGCGUGACAGUACCUGUGUGAGAGUUGCAGGUCCACUGUUGGCUGAAGCAAAAUCUGGGGAUGCUUCGUAUGACGACCUGGAUGACGACACUGGUGAAGACAAACCUGAGCUACGAACUGACGAAUGGAAACUUGCUUGAUGUUCAGGUUGUUGAGGCAGUCCAACUUCACGAGGCACAGAAGAACUUUGGGGUGGCAUCGUAAGUUGCUCUGGUGUCGAUGCUACCGGAAUCAACAAAGGCUUCUGUAGGUUACAAGCAGAAUUUCCAGCGGUAGCUGAGUUCGGUCACGUCCUCGAUUCACAAUAAGUGCAAGAUCAGGAUGAUCUGGCCGCGGGUCUACAUUGGUCGGACACUCCCAACCGAAGUCACGAUCACUGCGUCUUUCCCCUCAUAGUUGCCGUGAGGGGAGCAAACUCGCAUUUAUUGCUGUCGGAGUGGAGCCCGGCGUUUCGCGGCAUGACAAAAAGAGGAUUUUUAUUCACAGGUUCAACUCCGAAAUACGCACAUACGUCUCUUUGAACUCAAGGUAUCAACCAUGCGUAUUGUUUGACACCUUCCGCUCUCACAACAGCAUCGUAAACUAACAGCUGUGCAACAAGGCCUUUCUCCUUAAUAGGUUCUCCGAAAGGCAUUCAUAUUAACACAAAAAACCGUGUUUAACGGUCGCGUUUCUCAUGCGAAAGAAUCAAAAUCUUUUUCAUUAUUUAUUGUCAGGAGAUUGACAAAACCAUUAUUCCAGUUAUUGCAAUAGCUGCCUACUAAAAUUUGGCCAAGUGAGUACCUACUUCUUUAAUAGGCUAACGACAAUUCCUUGAACGACUGAAAAGCAAUGAUAUGUGAAAAUUACACAUUUGCUUUAUCCGCUACAUAUCCUGGCAGCGGCAGGUGCACUUUCUCAAACAAGAUUUCCAAACACAGAUCAAAGCGUUGCCUUGCAAUAUCGUUCCUACUUCAAAUUAGUCCAUGGUCGACGCAGGAGAGUUAUCCCCACUCAGGUAUUUUAGUGGAGAACGCUCUCGCAUUUAAAAAAAAGACUUACGUAAUACAGUUUACAACUGUUACGAAAGGAGAGGAGUUUUUAUUCCAGAAUCUUUUUCAUUUCAUUUCAUUUAUUUAUAACGGAAAAUACCAUGGUUUGAACUUCUCCUACUGAACUAAUGUUCUUUUAAAGGUUUGUUCAAUAUCUAUCUUCGAGCAUUUGAAUUAAUUUUAAGACAAUUCUAUCUAGUUCACUAACAUAUUUCUAGGGUUAUUCAGAAUGAAUUGCUGGUUGAAUCUUCCGCCAUUGCUAUGUUGUUAGUAAGAUGCAAAUCUCAUCUUCUUCUUCAUAUUAUUGGCCAGAAAUUUGAUCGUUCAUUUGCACAAUCGACUAAAGUUUCAGCUACGUCAGUAAUUGAUAUUUGCAUCUUCAAAAUCGUGAGGCAAAUUGUUAAAAAAAAAAGAGAAGGAAGAUAGGAAAAAUUACACGUCGUCCCGUGCGGCCUUAAUUUGCGUUUAAAUAUAAAUAACGUUGGAGCAGCUUUGAUGUUAUCAGGAAUUUUGUUGUAUAUAACUGGCCCUAUGUUCGAGAAUCUACGCCGUCCUAUCUCCGUUCUGAACUGUUCUCGUCGAAGGUGAUGAGCGUACCGCCAGUCGGGGUGACAUUGGGCCUGGGGGGUAACUUUGGGCCAAAAAUCAAGAAAGAUGUUUCGCUCAAAAUACUAACAUUUAUUAAAGUGAUUAUCAAAAAGCUGAUACCAUAUGGUAAAUAUAACUUGCGUUGAUCAUCCGCUGCAGAAAAAUGCCACAUUUUGUUAAUUUUCCAUUUUCCAUGGUUAAGCGUACUGUACAAAAUCGUUGUUUUAAAAUGCCUAGUAGAAAACAGCUGAAUAUCGGACAUGUAAUAAACUGCUGUUCUCUAGAUAUAUUUAGUAGUUGUUUUGAGAAGUAAUAUAAGUUUUCUUGGUUUUGUAUGCUAUUUUGCAUGAAAAACUUAUUAAUUCGAGCUGUAGGGCAAAUAACUCAUUUUGGGGGUGACUUUGGGCCAUAUGAAAGCAAUGCAGUCAGUACGAGAACCCUACAAAUGUGAAUUAAAACAACUGCGAGUAUUCACAUUAUUUUAUGCAUAAAACGGCGUUUGUUUUAGAAAUAAAUGUAAGAUUCAUGCUAAAUUAAAAAUGCACGCAUAUCAGUUUAUAGGUAGAUGAUGAGGAAAUAUUUCUUUUGUCUUUUGAGAAUGCUAGUUGGAGUUAUAUCCAGGGGAUAGCGCAUGUAUUGUAAUUGAUCAACGAUCGUUUACAAUGAAUGUGGUCAAACUUUCACGUUUGUUCGUCUGUGAUGUUAUUUUAAAGUGACUAGGCACUGAUAGGUUGUGCGCAAGCAGCUAUAUAUUCACUAGUUUUGAUUUGCAAGCGAUAUUUUUUCACAUUGAACUAUUUGGAUUGAAUUUUAGUGUUUGGCCCAAUGUCACCCCCUCGAAGGGGUGAAAUUGGGCCAAUUUUAAUUACUCUAUAUUAUUGUCAAAAUUAAAGUUGAAGCAUUUAUACUUUAAACAAUCCUAAACAAUAUAUAAAUGAACGUGUCUGCCGAAUUCAACAUUGAUUUAGAGCUAAACUAUUGUUGUAACGAUAUACAAAGGGAUGGACUAUGCAGUUUUGGCCCAAUGACACCCCCACUGACGGUACCUGGUACGAUGUGGGUGAAGAGCAUUUCCAAAUGACCAAUUGUGAUGAACAUUCAGCUCAUUGAUGAUUUUAUACAUGGAAAUACCAACUUGAAGCAUGUGAAGGCCUAAUAUUGGAGGUAUUUUGUGUUGAGGCAGUUCGUACAAAUCAAGUGUAGGAAAUAGGUACACACUCAAUUUCUAUUUCACUGUUCGGUAAUUUAUUUUACGGAUGUUACACCGCAAACAACCUUAAAUACUGAGAUUUCAGCAGUCUGCAUUGAGAAAUACUGACGAUCGGUUGUUGUGAUGGCUUUUUACUGAAAUUCAGUAGUUAUUUUUACUGAACACAUUGUAAAAAUGGUGCCUCGCCGAAUCAGCUCAGUGAAAAUAAAAAGUCAGUAAAAACUAGUACCGAAAUAUCAGCAAACAAUAUAUUUUUACUGAACAUUCGGUAAAAAUAAUUGUAAACAUUCGAGGAAUCGAAAGUAGACGUCAAACGGAAACAAUAAUGGUCUGGGAUGUUUGCCAUCGGCGAUCGACGACUCCAACGAAUUAGCAGUUUAUAGAUUCUUGAGUGAUUAUUUUAUCCCGAAUUCUACGCCUUGGCCAGCUGGUAAGCAAUUAAACGAAAAUAAGCAAUGAAUUAGUGCUAUUGCUAAACGAAGCUGUAACCGCUAAUGUACGGAUUGCAAGGUUUCCGCGUCCUCAAUAUGUAGGUUGUGUUUGGGUUUGGUAGGACAUCGUACCACAAACUCAUUCAAGUUUGUGAUCAUAUUUAAUGAAAUUCAAUAUUCAAUAAAAUCAGAAAUCAUAAAAAAAAAACUAGCGAGGAACCUUGCAAUUGGCUUCUUUAGCGAUGUUGAGAUAAUCCCAUAUUCUGAAUCUCCAUGCCAAACUGAGCCGAAAUCCAAAUUUCCAUAAAUUUUGGUGCUCGGGAACCUAUUUAAAAAACAGUUUGAAGUUUGUAUGGGAGCGAUUUGUCGAAUCACCCCUCGUCGCAUUUUGUACUGGGCAGAGCUGUCAAACAGUUGCCCAGCUGUCAAAAGGUGGUUUUGGAAAAUCUCUUUGAAAUUCAUUUUAGGUACCAAAGUGAUGUUUUAAAAAUCUGAAAAAAAUCAUAGCGGCUCAGAAAAAGGUGCUCUUUCGUAUAAAAUCAAAAAAUUAAUACAUUUUUCUUAAUUUAAAAACCCAAUUGUAUUGAUUACGACGAUCAGGUUAAAUUUUCUCAAACAGGCACACUAGUUCAUUGCAAAUUAUCAAGUGCUUUUCCCGGGAGGCGCAGUCUCGAUUGGGUUCUUAUGUGUGAAUAGCUGGCCAAAGUGCGAUUAACUUUGGAACAGAAGCGGUGGGAAUGAAUGCUUAUUUUUUCAGCGAAUGCUAAGAGUCUGAACCACAAUUUAGCAUGAAAAUGUGAAUUCAAGCUUUACAUCAAUAAGCAAUAAAUUAACAGAAAACUGAGAUUUCUGCCUGCACCAAAGAGUUGAAAUACUCAGUAACCUGAAGUACACAAAAAAGUACCGAAAAAGACAGCAUUGAUUUUGGCGCCAAUAAUUACCGACUUAUUCAGUAUAUGAUUUGACAGAUGAUGGAUUUUUUACUCUACUGAGUUUUCGGUAUUACCAAAAAUAACUGAGUUUUCUCUGCUGUUCAAAAACCCAGUAAAAAUUUACCGAGUUCGGUAAUCAAAUCUGAGUGUGUACGGUAAGCUAAAGCUAGCUUUAAUACAGCGGUUUUGUUGAAUUUGCAUUGGGUGUACCUUGUUACCAGUGCCCCAGCCGGAAAUACCAUACUGGUAGCGGCUAUGGAUGAACGAAAGGUAGAUCUUCAAUAGAACAUGUACUGGAACAUAUUUGGAGAGCUUCGGUAGUAUUCCGCAAAGCGAUGCACAUUUGGCGAUAACUUUUUGUAUAUGCUUAUCCCAGCUGAGCCUAUCGUCAAUGCAUACACCUAAAUACUCGUACUCUGUUACCUUUUCAAUAAUUGCACCGUUAAUGACCAAUGAAUGUCUAUGAAUCCGAUAUUUAGCAAAUGUUGGUCAUUUUCCGCUUUCACUACCUUUUCUUCAAGCAUGUACCGUUUUAUGACGUUUUGUUUUGACGAUGAUGACUGCGGUUCCUUUGCAGAUGUGCCACUGAAGUCAAAGCUCUGCAGUUUCACAGCUGUUCCUGCUGCAGGGCUGUUACAAAAGUGCCGAUUUGGAAACCGCAAAAUCCGCGCCAAGGUCGCCAGUACAAAAACAUAUGGUUUUGAUGACUGAAGCUCAUUAAAAGUUAGUUUUUUGUUGCACUCCAGAUGAAGAGCAUUUCUAACGAUAAAUUAUUUUUUAACUAUUAUUAAUCUCUGACUUUAGAUGACAACUUGGAAUAAAAAGUUUUGAAUCGAUAGAUCUUUGAAUGCUUAUCAAUCAGUGUGCCUGCUAUUUUACGAGAAUAUUCUCAAUUUAGUUGAAAAUCUGAGUUUCCGACUAGCGAAGUUGGAUUUUUCUUCAAAUCCAUGCGUCGGACCUAACUUCGGAAGCGGUGCGCUGUAUAGUAAACCUGGUCCGCUAUACAGCGCAACACUUCCGAAGUUAGGUCCGACGCACGGAUUUGGAGAAAAAUCCAACUUCGCUAGUUGAAAAUUCCGGGAUUCAACUGCACGGACAAUAGGUUUUCCUGAUCCGUGAAACAAUUCCUAAAAAGGAGCAUUCUUGGCGAAUCUUUUAAAACAAUUUAUAACCAACGUUAUGGUAGAAAUCCUGCAAUACUGUAGCAAACACCAAAAGAUCGUUCGAGAGAAUUGAAAGAAAAUUUUCAGAUACUUCUUGAGAAUUUCAUGGAUUACUUUCUACAGAAACUUAUUUUAUGAAGAUACAAAUAGAGUAAUACUAGUUGAAUUCAUUAAUUAAAUCACCAAUAAAAUUUACUUCUAAGGGAGAUAUUAAUAAAAAGGAAGCACUUCAUAAAAAAUGUCUGGCAAAUGUUCUGAAUAUUGCGCAAAAUAUAUGUAAACAAGUAUUAAUCCAAUAGAAAUUUAUAAUAAUAGCUUCUGGCCACACCGCACCAUUGACUGCAAUUUUUUUUACUGGUAUUCAGCAAACUUUGCUGAUUUUUUUGUGCUGAUUUCAUUCAGCAUUGCCUAUUUACUGAAUAUCAGCAAUUAUUUCUCAACUUGCUGAACCAUCCAGCAAUUUUGACAGUUGAUCAGCAACGUUGUGCUGAAAUUCAGCAAAAAAAUUGCUGAAAUUCAGAAAAAAAUUUGCUGAAAUUCAGCAAUUUAUUUUGCUGAUUUUUUUUUGUGCUGGAAGCGUUACCAUCGUGUAAAUUUCCGCCAACCAUCGCGUAAACCAUCAUGAACUCCAACCAGUUACGUGACUAUUAGCGGAAAUUUACACGAUUGUAACGUAAUUUUACAUGAUAUCUCGUGUAAAUGUGCACUAACUCUAGCAUUCCCUUUAUGUGCAUGAUUUCUCGCUGAAUUUUACAUGAAUAUUUUUUUCUGUGUAUCGCAGAUGAUAAAAUGUGCUGGUAUUAGUAAUCACCAACGAGUACCUAAAAAAAACUCUAAAAAAAACAGCACUGUCGAUAAUACAAAAAAAAUGUUUAAUACAAAAAGUGUUUCCAGUUGUCAUAGUUAAAGGCCUUAUGUAUACCCGGUGGUAGGAUGAACUCCCGGGAUUUUCCUGACUAGCGCUUCAUCGGUUAAGCCGAAUAGGUUCACGCACCUCCAGAUGUGUCAGUUUAUGCGCAUAGCAGGUGACGUGAGGUAUAUAGAGAAAACGAAUGUCGCCGUCUUUCUCGCCUACGUCGGGAGUCCGCCCACGCUCUAUUGUCUUAUCUCUAUGAGUAUUUCACUUGCUUCUUGUAAACCGGAUAGCGCUGGCUGGAGGAAUCCCUGAAAAAUAUUUUUGGAGAAUUUCCUAGAAGAAUCUCUGAAGAAAUCCCUAGAGGAUUUCCUGGAGAAAUUCCUGAAGGAAUUACUGAUAUAAUUUCUGAAAGAUGUCCAGGAGCAAUUUAUACAUAAAUUCCUAGAGAAUUUCCUGCAGGAAAUCCUGAAGAAAUUCUUGGGGUAAUUCCUCGAGAAUUUUCUGGAGAAAUUCCUUAAUGAAAUCUUGGAGGAAUUCCCGGAGGUUUUCUUUUGGGAAUUGCUGCAGGAAUCCUUGAAGGAAUUCCUACAACAAUUAUUACUGAAUAAGAGAACCCUUGGGAGAAAUUUCUGAAAAAAUCCCCUGAGGAAUUCCUGGAAGAAUUCCUAGAGAAAUUUCUGGAGGAAACCCUCGAAGGAAUUUCUGAAGGAAUCAUUGGAGAAAUUCGUGGAGAAAUCCCUCGAAAAAUCCCUAAAGAAGAUCCUGGAGGAUUUCUUAGCGGAAUUACUGGAGGAAUGCUUGCAGCAAUUCCUGGAGGAAGAUCUGGAAUAAUUCUUGGAUAAUUCCUGGAAAAAAUCCAAAAGGUAUUCCUAGAGAAAAUCCUGGAAGAAUUUCUGAAGGAAUCCUUGAAGGAUUUACUGGUGAAAUUCCUGGAUGAACUGCUGACAUAAUUUAUGAGGGAAUUCCUUGAUUAAUUCCUGGAGGAAUGCGUGCAUGGAUUUCUGGAGGAAUCCCAAAAAGAAUUCCUGAAGCAAUCUCAGGAGUCCCUGAAUCAAUUCCUGGAGGAAUCGCUGAAAAAAUCCUAGAGAAAUGUCUACAAGAAUCCAAGGAGGAAUCCUUGGAAGAAUGUCUGGAAAAUUUCUCGGAAGAAUGCCCAGGAGAAUUCCCGGUGGAAUUUUGUAUGCUUCUCUGAAGUAAUUCCUGGAGAAAUCUUUAGAGGAAUUAUUGUACAAGUCUCUGGAAAAAAAACCCUUGAAAAUCCAUUCAAGAGUUCCUGUAUAAAUAUCUGUAGGAAUUCCAGGUGGAAUUCUAGGAUCAAUUCCGGAAGCAAUUUCUGGAGGAAUCUCUGGAGGAAUUCAUGAAGGAAUGCAUUGAGGACACCUUGGAGGAUUUCUUGGAGAAAUCUCUGAAAAAACUUGUAGGAAUUCUUGAAGGGAUUUUUGGAGGAUAUCCUAUAUAAAGGAACAAGUGUAGGAAUUCUUGAAGGAAUCUCCAGAGGAACUCCUGGAGAAGUCUCUAGAGGAAUUUCUGGUGGAAUUUCUGGAGGAAUCUCUAGAUGAAUUCCUGGAAGAAUUUUUAAAGAAAUCCCUGCAGGUAUUCCCAGAGGAAUUUCUGAAAAAAAAUCGUGGAUAAAUUUCUUAAGGAAUUCUUAAAAGGAUACCAGGGAUAAUUCCUGAAGAAACCGUAGAUGGAGGUUUUGUAGAAAUUUCGGAGCAAACCUUAGAAGAGUUCCUGAAGAAACUCCAGAAGGAGCCCUGGAAUCAAUUUCAAGAGGAAUUAGUAAGGCAAUCACUAACCAGUUCCUGGAGGAAGUACAGAAUUAAUUCCGAGAGGAAAUCCUUAAAGAAUACAAGGAGAAAUUCCUUAAGAAAUCUUUAGAACAGUUCCUGGGAGAAUCUUUGGAAGAAUUUUUGAAAUAAGUUGUUCCAGAAAGAAUCACAGAAGCAAUUCCCGAGUUAAGCGCUGUUGAAAUUCUUGGAGGAAUGCCUGUAUGGAUUAACGAAGGAGUCUCUAGAAAUACUCCUGGAGAAAUAUCUAGAAGAAUUCCUGGAGGAAUCUCUGGAGGCAUUUCUGAAGGAAUUCCUGGAUGAAUUUUUAGGGGAAUCCCUGCUGCAAUUCCCAGAGGAAUAAUUCUUGGGAAUCCCUGAACAAAUUCGUGAAAGAAUCCCGUGAGAAAUUCCUGGAGAAAUCCCAUGAAUAAUUCCUGAAAAAAUGCAGAUGGAAUCCUUAGCGAAAUCUUGAAGGAAUUCUAUGAAGAGUUUGCGGAGGAACUCCUUAAGGAAUCCCUGUUGCAGUUUCUAAACAAAUCCCUACAGGAGUUCCUGAAUCCUAACAGCAGACUCAUGAGGAAUUCCUUAGGAAAGCUUUCUUAACAAAUUCCUGGAAGAAUUUCUGUAGGAAAAAAUCUGGUUGCCAGGGGGGGAGCACGACCCCCCCCCCCCUGCCCUCCUCUGGCUAUGUCCAUGGCGCUGAUGGGGUACGACUUUGGCUCUUUAUGUAUUCGCUCCUAUCUCGGCUUUUGCGUUUUUUCGCUUCUCAAUUUUUCAUUCUUCGACCAUGGAGGCAGCCCAUAUAGCCGAGGCGGUAAACGCACGGGUAUUCAGCAUGACCAUGCUGAGGGUGACGGGUUCGAUUCCCGGUCGGUCCAGGAUCUUUUCGUAAAGGAAAUUUCCUUGACUUCCUUGGGCAUAGAGUAUCUUCGUGCCUGCCACACGAUAUACACAUGCAAAAUGGUCAUUGGCAGAGGAAGCUCUCAGUUAAUAACUGUGGAAGUGCUCAUAGAACACUAAGCUGAGAAGCAGGCUUUGUCCCAGUGAGGACGUUACGCCAAGAAGAGAGAGAGAGACCAUGGAGGCAUUCUUGUUGGCGCUUCAUUGCACGUUUGCCGCAAAUCCCUAAUGAAUUUAUCAUUUCGAAAAAUCAAUCAAAUUAACAAUUUCUUAUUCCCAACGUGCAUUGUUAUGAUUAAUCUCUCUCAACACUGUAAAUCUUUAUCAUCGGGAUAAAUAACGUUGUAAACAAUUUAACAAUAAUUGUUAUAAAUGUAAGAUUAACUAGUCUAGGACAUGGAAAAACACGUUGCUGCUAGUUUAUGAUCGAUAGAAGUAGUUGAGCCAAGCGGAAUCGAAUAGCAAACAGAACAACAACAAUUAGUAUGUACUCAGAAUAGCUAGAAGUGAACAAGCGAAAGUUACAACACAGCACAGAUUUAUAUGAAUAUAUUUUUGUUACACGUAAAAUUUUUAUAAACCAAACAAAAAAAAACAACCGGAAAAAAGUGAACGAAGCGGUAGCGCUAUUGUUAGAUGGAAUAAUUCGACUAGGAGUUUCAGUUUUGCUAAAGUUAAAAACCGGAAAGCUUACUGCACCCGUGAAAUCUCUUUGAACCCGCUUUCGUCACUUCUGUUACUUUUUCUCCGCUACUCUUGCCGUGCGCUAUGCUAUGCUGUGUGAUACCUACCUUGAGCCGAAGUGAAAAACUUUCCAGCCACAAAUUAAAAUCACCCACGUGAAACUCAUUCUCACCAUUAACUACAUCACACGAUUGCAAUUUUCCAGCACAGCUUCGUCAGGAAGAAGCAAGGUAGAAACCUAGUCCUAAGCCACUCACUGUUGCUACUUUUCGGUCAUAGUUACCAACUUCGACUCGCUUUUUUUCUGCGUUUGCUUCACUUCAAAUUUAUUGUUCCACGGGAAUGAGAAACUUUCUUCUCCCAAGCUGCCAGACAGGCAAACCGCUUUGCUCGUAAUUUCUAUCUUUCAGCUCUGUAAAUAUUACCUACUGGAGGAGUGCGCAACGAGUCCAGGAGUAACCGUAAAGUUAAACUUUAAACUAAAAACUUCUCAUGCUAAAGAAAAACGGAUCUGAAAAAACUACUACUACUACCACAACUACUCUACUAUUAACACAAAAAAGGAAAGUACAGGGUCAAAAUUUAGUUUUGUUUUCCUACGCGGUCUUCCGGCGAAGGCCCGGAGGAGAGAUGUUUAUUUUUCUACUUGCAACCAAAACCGAAUUUACGUUGAAGGUUACCAUUUGUAAGUGUUACCAGUCCCAUUAGGAUCGUUUAAUGUGUUAAACUGAUUGGCAGGCAAACGUUGUCGCAGAUUUUAGGUUAAUUUCGAAGCUUUGGCUAAGCUGUUUCGAUGAUUUGCAUGCUCCUAAAGAUUUACUGCCAAAAUGCAAAACAACUCUAGAUUAAGAUUAAAACAAAAACUAAGCUACUGAUGUCAUCAAGGUUACCGUUUACUGUAAAUUUCCAUUUUUCUCACUGUGCAAAGCCCAUCCGUCCCAGGACGGAUGGGUUCCGUCUUUUUGAAGUCGAUGUUAUAACUGUCAUUUUUCAAUUGCUGCUACUACUCUUUAACGAAUACAUUUAUCUUUGAACGGAAAAUCAAAAACUCAAACACAAAUCUUCACAUCAAACAGUACGUUUGUGCGUUGAACUGUAUGAAUGGGCAAGAUGCGAAUAAUAAAUCCAAAAUCAAAACAAUGCUUUUGUGCCUAAUUGAGAUCCGAAACACCUGUGAUUUGUUGCAGUAUUUUACAUUAUUUGCAAGGUGAAACAUUUCGUAAUAAAUUUUCAUAUUUAA